AUGGAGAAGGCGGGCGGCGGCGGAGCGCCCCCCGGGGAUGCGGCCGCACGCGCUCGGCUGCCUUCCGAGUCGGGGGCGCACGGCAGGAGCUUCAGCCGCCGGGCCUCGGCGUGGCCCUGGGAUGGGUCUGUCUUCGCGGGCAGGGAGGGGCGGCUGACUCGGCACGUCUCGCUGCCGCGAAGGCUCACGUGGAGCCAGAGUACUUCCACGAGCCAGCAGCGCAGCCCCGGCGAGCUGUCCGACUACCACACCUUUGGAAAGUACUCCGAGCUGUUCGCCGCCGCGGUGGGCAACGUAGAAUGGCUGCGGUUCUGUAUCAAUCCGGACCGCCAGGAAAUCUUGGCCGAUGACAAGGGCUUCACAGCCAUCCAUUUGGCGGCCCAGCGUGCCAGGCUGUCAUGUAUACAGGUCUUGGUAGAGGAAUACAAGUUUCCUGUCGAUCUACCCACCGACGAUUGCCGGACCCCCCUGCACCUCGUCAUCCAUAAGGACAACAAGACCAUGGCUGUCCCCUGCAUUGACUACCUGCUCCAGAAAGGGGCAGCCAUCAAUUCGCCUAUGCCCCUUAGAAGCUUGCUCACCCGCCUAUCUGAUGAGCCAGGUACCUUUGUCCUUCUUUCUGCCCUCUCUCCUCAUGGUGGGACCCUCCACAGUGUGACACACAACCGUUCCACACCCUUGCACCUGGCAGCCUGUGAUGGCAUGCUGACAUGCAUGAAGGUCCUGGUGCAGAAUGGUGCUGAUGUCCAUGCCCGAGAUGCCACAGGCUGCAAGCCCAUCGACUACUGCAAAAUAUGGAACCACCGUUCCUGUGCCCGGUUCUUGAAAGAUGCCAUGUGGAAACAUGAUAAGAAGGAUUUUGCCCGUGAGAUGGAGAAACUGAAGUACCUCAAGAACAAGUUGAUGUCCAUGGAGCAAAACUACCUGAUAAAACACCAAAAAGAACAAAGCAUUCAGAGAGACACUGAGUUCAGCAAGUGGCUCCAUUCCAAGAAACAAUGCCAACCCCCGAUCUCCAGCUCCAUGCAACAGGCUCGUGCCCAACCUCAAUUCUUUGCUCUCUCAACAACCUCAGGAACCAAGGGGGUCCGCCACACUGUGGAGGCACGCCUGCAAAGUUUACUGCUGCAGCCUAAGAUAUUGCCUAAGCUCUUUAAUCCACUCCUCAUCCAUCAGCGGCCCAAGUCAUGGAAUCAUAGCAGUAACCCUGCUACACACCCUCCCACUGACAUCAGCUGCCCACAGGGCAUCCGCCUGGGUGUGCAUCCAGACCCUCACAGGGAACACGACUUCAGCAGCUUCCUAGAGGUGAUUCAGGAUGCCCAUGGCCUUAUGAGUCUGCACACUGUGGAUGGCCACUGGGUGGCACCCCUGCCCCAGCUGCCUUUCAAGGUGAUAGUUGACUCGCUGUUCCCAAAGUCUCAGCCAUACAGGAUGAAGGUGCCCGAGGGCUUACAUCCUAUAAGCGUACUGAACCUGACACAGAAGCGGCAGGUGGGCCAAGAUACCUGGAUUGACAGUGUGACUAUGAACCUGCGUGAGACAUUUGACGAAGCCUUCCUGCUAGCACUGCAAGCUCAAAUGCUGCCCUCUCCUCCACAGUCCUCAUAAAGUUAUACUGGUAGCCUCUACCUGAGGCAGUGGAAAUGUGGUAAUUCAUGUUGUGUAGGGAAAAAAACAAUAGGCUCCAGUGUCCAUUGACUUCCCUUCUAAGCUCAAGGACAGGAAACCUUCGCCCCCAAACCCAGAUUCCAGGCCUCCCUCCUUCACAAAUUAGGGCAGCGCUCCCACAUUUACACAGCACGCUAUCCUCCACCCCUCUCCCAGCCCAAUGGGGAUAAGGCUUCCAGGAUCAAGGCACCAAGGGAAAAUUCUGCCCUGUGUUCAGGAUGUCCUUCUGUAGGCUCAAAGCCUCAUUCUUCAUCUACAUAUCCAUACAGCAUGAAGGACAGCUAUUGUC